CCCUCCUCGGAAUAGGACGCAAAAACGGUUUAGUCCGAAACUCGAACGGUCUGAAACGACAGACAACUUAAAGUUUAUCCCCCAUCUCUGACAAACCAAAGGAGAGGGAGAGCUGACAGACCGAAAAUUCAACAAAAAUUCUGAAUGGAUGCUGCGACCGUCUCGUUAGUGUGAUUUGUUAAGUUUCAUUUGCUAGUCCGUUCUGGUGUUUCGGGAAAUGACUACAGCGAUGUCAUUGCAAACGUACUAGUGUGUGGUGUGUGUGUGCUGUUUCGUGCGUUACGCAAGAGAUAAGAGUUGAUGUUUACCGCGAUGAAAAGAUGAAACAAAACGUGUGACUUUAAAAGCCGAGCAACACAUUUGAAUAAAGUAGAAGGAAAUACUGAAACGAGUGUGUGGCGCGGCCAUAUGUGUAGAUGGGAAUACUGUGAUACGAGAUGAUCCAGUUGUUCUUCGGAGUUCAUCAUCAAGAAGAAAGAAUAUAAUUCUAACUAGUGCGAUGCUUGAAGAAACGAAAAGAAGUGAAUGUUAAUAGCAAAAAAUAAGUGUUCUGUGUCUCCAGCGAAAUAGCUGUUUCAAUUUGUUCUCUCGUGGCCAACAUUCGUAUCUACAUGAGUUCUGGAUAAGCUUAAUUUUUCACGCUCUCAACGGUCCUCUAUUACUCUAUGACUAAUAAACUUGAACGACCAAACCGCUCAACAAUGGAUUUCGCAAAAAGUCUGUUCUUCCUUACGCUGGUGGUGGCUGUCACUGCCCGGUCUACCCUGAUGAGCCGGAUGGACAUCGCACCGAAAGGCUGCAAAUGGCAGCGAGUUCUGGACGAGAAUGCGGAGGAUGAAAACACUGUGACGACGGUUCUUUCUUGCAAAUUGAAAACAAUUGGCGGAACGGACACACUGAUGAGGAAUUUGAGUUCGUAUCAGAUCGAGCGAAUCAAUUCGUUGAAGCUUGAAUGUAGCGACAUUCUGUUCUUCGAGAGCUCCCUUGAGGCAAAUCAGCAUUCGGGAGCCUUUCUCGGAUCACUCAAACGCUUACGUGAUCUCAAGAUUGAAUAUUGUAAAAUAAAGUACGUGCCUUCGAUGGUUCUGUCAACGCUGCGGGACCUUCGUUCGCUUUCAUUGCGAACUCACAACACCGAUUGGUCGGCAAUGAACUUGGAAUUUCAUCCGGAAAGUUUCCGAGGAUUGACGGAACUGAAACGGUUGGAUCUGGCUGAUAACAACAUAUGGAGCCUGCCGACCGAUGUGUUCUGUCCGUUAUUUUCGCUAAGACAGCUGAAUCUGACCAAAAACCGACUAACCGACAUCUCCCAGUUGGGAUUCUCUGACUGGGGUAACGGCCCUACCGCUCCGGGUAAAGCAUGCAACACCGGGCUGGAAGUACUUGAUUUAUCCCACAACGAUAUCCUGUCGUUGCCGGAUAAUGGUCUGUCAUCAUUGCGAUCAUUGAACGUUCUACUGAUCCAGGAUAAUCUGAUUACUUCGCUUGCUGACCGAUCCUUUGUCGGUCUCGGAUCGCUGAAGGUCGUCAACAUGUCCAGCAACAAAUUGGUGGCUUUACCACCGGAACUUUUCCAAUCACCACGUGAGCUGCGGCAAAUUUAUCUGCAGAACAAUUCGUUGUCCGUUCUGGCACCAGGAUUACUUGAGGGGCUUGACCGGCUUGAAAUACUUGAUUUAUCCCACAACGAACUUACAUCCGAGUGGAUUAAUCGCGAUACGUUUGCCGGUCUGAAACGAUUGGUGGUCCUCGACAUCAGCCAUAACAGCCUAACGAAAAUCGAUCGGCACGUGUUCCGCGAACUGUACAGCCUCCAGGUACUGAACCUGGAAUCAAACCUAAUCGAAACAAUCGCAGACAACGCAUUCAGCGAUCUGAAAAAUUUAGUCGCAUUAACCCUCUCGCACAACAAACUGAAACGAAUCGACCAGCAUCACUUCAGCGAAUUAUACGUCCUCAAUCAGUUGUACAUCGAAUCGAACGCUAUUGAAUCGAUGCACACGCGGGCACUUGAAAACCUUACCAAUCUGAACGACCUCAAUCUGAAUGACAACCGACUGACAGAGAUUCCGGAAGGACUGGGAAAAUUGCGCUUCCUAAAAUCGCUGGAUCUGGGCAAAAAUCGGAUCGUCACGGUGAACAAUGCCUCGUUCGAGGGACUGGAGCAACUGCUCGGUUUGCGCCUGGUGGAAAACCGGAUUACGAACGUGUCGCGGGAUGCAUUUGUGACCCUUUCGUCGUUGCACGUGCUGAACCUAGCGUCGAAUCAGAUUCGUCACAUCGAUCAAUCGGCUUUCAGCUCGAAUCCCACUAUCCGGGCGAUUCGACUCGACAACAAUGAGCUGGAGGACAUCAGCGGAGUGUUCACAUCGCUACCGGCACUGGUAUUCCUAAACGUGUCCGAUAACCAGAUCAGGAACUUUGACUACAGCCAUCUGCCGACGUCGCUCGAGUGGUUGGACAUGCAUCAGAAUAACAUCACCGAGCUGGGUAAUUAUUACGAUUUGAAUAAUCUGCAGAUUAAGAUGCUGGAUGUGUCGUUCAAUCGAUUGGCUACGGUGGACAAUAAAAACAUUCCGGACAGUAUUGAAACGCUGUUUUUGAAUAAUAACGUGCUGGAGGAAGUGACGGCUGGGACGUUCCUAAAUAAGAAGAAUCUGGAGAAGGUGGUGCUCUAUGGGAACUACAUCAAGAAGCUAGAAAUCGGGGCACUCGCUUUGACCCGGGUGAGCGACGACAGGGAUAUGCCGCAGUUCUACAUCGGAGACAAUCCGAUUCACUGCGACUGCACGAUGGAAUGGCUGCAGGGCAUCAACAAACUGUCCCAUCUGAGGCAACAUCCUCGGGUAAUGGAUCUGGAUACGGUGAUGUGUACUAUGGAACACGAGCGAGGAGCUUCGAUUCGGCCGUUGAUGGAUCUGAACUCGCACGAUUUCCUCUGCCAGUACGAAACACAUUGCUUUGCGACCUGCCACUGCUGUGAUUUCGAUGCGUGUGACUGCAAGAUGACCUGUCCGGAUCGGUGCAGCUGCUAUCACGACCACACCUGGAAGACCAACAUCGUGGAUUGUGGUAACGCAGAUUACACCGAAGUACCGGAACAUAUUCCAAUGGAUGCGACCACAAUUUAUCUGGACGGCAAUGAGCUGAAGCAGCUCGGCAGUCAUCAGUUUAUCGGAAAGAAGAAAUUAGAAGUGCUUUACCUGAACAAUAGUAACAUUGCGAAUGUGCAUAACAGAACCUUUAACGGAAUCCCUAGUUUGAAAGUGCUGCACAUGGAAAACAAUUACAUUGAAGAACUGCGUGGUUUUGAGUUUGAUCAGUUGACCAAUUUGAAUGAACUGUAUUUGGACCACAAUACGAUCGGUUACGUGGGUGAGAAGACCUUUGAAAGUCUGAAGUUUCUGGAAGUGAUCAAUCUAAGUGACAAUAAGAUUAGUGAAUUUUCGCCAUGGCAAGCGCUGGCUGCGGCUUCGGAAACCGGAUCGUUGAACAAAGUUUCACUGGAAGGAAACCGAUGGCGGUGUGACUGUGAAUCAUUGCACAAACUGCAACGGUGGAUAAGAGACGUUAGUGGUGACUUUGACAUUAACAGAAUGAUCUGUGCGGACAAUCGAGUGGUUGGUGACGUGAUAAGUUCCUGUGAAAGUCAGUUAAUGUUUGAGAAUGAAGUGGCACCACCGGCCGUACACCGAACGGUGCUGAUGGGACACGGCUUGAUCGGUGGUGGCUAUGUUCCACUUUUGGCUGCUAUUGUAGUGGCCAUUAUCGGGACGGCACUCCUGGUGGCGUUGGCAUGUGUCUUCCGGCAGGACGUACGGCUUUGGGCUCAUGCUAAGUACGGCGUUAGGUUGGUGAAAGAUCCAAUUAUUGUGGCCGGCCAGCAGCAGGACUGCGAUAAACUGUACGACAGCUACGUGGUAUAUAGCAUUCAUGACAAUGAGUUCGUUGGGCGACUGUUGGGAGCUGAACUACAACACUAUGGCUAUUCGGUUUGCUUGCACCAUCGAGACAUUCAUUCGAAUACGUUCCUCUCGGAUUCGCUGCAGAGUGCAGCGGAUGCUUCGAAGAAGAUAAUUCUAGUUGUUUCGAUGAACUUCCUGCAGAACGAGUGGUCUCAGCCGCAGUUCCGUGUGGCUCUUCAGUCCGUUAUCGAAAAUAUCCGACCGGCCUACCGAAGACACAAGAUCGUCAUCGUACUGACUGCCCCCGUGGAGCUAGUUACCAUGGAUCCGAUCAUGAACCUACUGAUACGAACCUGCACCGUCGCAUGCUGGGGCGAACGAAAGUUCUGGGACAAGCUUCGGUAUGCUCUUCCGGAUGUGAACAAAGACAAAUCGCUGAAAAAACUUGGCGACAUAACGCGGAGUCCUAAUCUCCGGUACACACCGGCCCCCACUGCCCUGGACCAGUGGUGCAAGAUGAGUCAUCCGGGGAUCGCCGUGCCGGUCGCUGUGCCACAAAGCACACCAUCGCAGAGUACCUGCAACACCGAAGACGAAUCGUCCUCGGCAUCUUCGCAGCACUACGAGGCUCCCAUGAGCCAGCACUACAACAUGAGCCGGUCCAGUGCCUCGCUUGGUCACGUGUACUCCACGAUACCGGAAACGCCCCAAAUGGGACGCAACGGAAGAGCUUAUUUCGUGUAAGAUACAGUAUGUAAACUAGUGCACUACCAACCUGUUUCUUAGAUGUAUACUUGGCAUUUCAGUUACUAUGUGUAGCGUGUAUAUUUGUACAGAACAAAGAUAGAAAUCUCAUAGUCAUGUUAUAGAUCGAGUCAAUUCAGUUUUUUUUUCUCUCGCGAGUAUAGAAUGUUACACAGCGUUACACUCAUUACACUCAACUGGGCAGCAAAGAUUUUACGCUUCCUAUAGGUCAUUUCUUAUUUGCCAAAUAUUAUUAAAACUGUAUUAUGAUUCGCUCAAAUGUAAGCUAGGACCGAACUAAAAUGAAACGAAGCAAAAUGUGCUACACUUAAAUGAAACCUAUUUUUCCCCAUCAAAGAACGUAAUUCUGAAGUGGGAAAAUGAAAACCCAAAAUGAGAACAAUUAUGACUUAAUAAACGUGAUACUAGUUUUUAUAGAUUACUAUUAUUAACUGAACGAAAUAAAUUGACUAUUAAUCUUAAGUGUAUUUUAGAGCCAGAUAACAAAGCUACUAAAGUAUUUCGUAUAUUCAAAGCGAGCAUUUAAAAGCUACAAAACUAUAAGAUAAUAAUUUCGGCAACUAUAGAAAAAUCAAAAUCAGACAUAAACCUCGAAAGAUGCAAACCAGAAUCUCCAUCAUACACGUUACUGUAAAAAUUAUAAGUUACCGCCAUUAGACGUAUAUGAACAACACAACUACACUGCAGCCCUAAAGAGCUCAUACAAAAUUUUGUAUAAACGAUUAUAGGAUAAUAAUUUAUUACGGAAAACGAAAUACAAAUUUCAAUUCAAACAAAACU